CAUAUCAGAUUUCAAAUAUGACUGGAAAAUAUGGAGUAAAUGCGGAAGGAAGAACUGAAGAGAGGGGUUAUAACCUGAAAUCACUAGAAAUUGUUAAAAACGAAAUUACGAGCCUUCGGAAAAGCGCAAGAACACAAUUAUUGAUGGUUUCUGCAAUCUCAUUUCUUUCCGUCGUCGUUGGAACCGUUUUCCUCAUUUUAGAGCCAUCUGAUAUUUCAGGCACUAUAUUAAACUCCAUGACGGGGAUUCUAUACGGCGGUGUUUUUCUUAUAAGCGUACAAAGUCUCAUUUCUGAUUUGAUUUCAAAGAGUGUAGACACAAAAAAUUUUAAAAAUAAAUCAGAAAUUAGCGAUAACGUUAUUCUACUCUCUCUGGAAAAUUUUCAAGAUAAGGGUUGCAUUAGAAGUGUCACGAAAAUUAUUAAAGAACGAAGUAAAAAUUUUCGAACGUGGAGAAUUUGGUGUUCAGCCUGGACCAUCGUGCUUACUAUUGCUCUCAUGAUUCCUAUUUUUUCUUAUAUUUUCAUCGGUCGUUUUGCGUCAGACACGGUGUCGAGUUGUAUUUCAGUAGAAUACAUUCUCAUUGGAAGCGGGAUU